UAAGUUCUGGCAGGCGGGUUCGAGAUAAGCAGGACGGCCUGGAGGGUUGGGUUUGGAGUUGGCCUUUCGCAACCUCCUCUUCUUGGAACCUGCCCGUGUUUUAGUCACAGAGGUCUUGUGUGUUUGGAUUUGGAUCCACCUGAUUCUGCUUUGACAUGUGCUGGAGAAUUUCUCACGCUUCACGAAUGCAAUCGGCCAGUGACGCUUCGACAGGCUGAACAACGGAGCAGUGGCGGAAGGAGUUGCACGAUGCGUCGAGGCACGGCCUCGAAACCGAUGGCGAUUUUGCAUAUUCGGCAAUUCAGGCCGUGCAGGAUGUAGCUGAAGCGAGUUCAAAUGCCAAACGAUUAGUUUCGUUACUCAGUAGAAUGUCUGUGUGUUUGUCUACGCAGGGGGUGACGGGUUUGUUGCGGUGUGGAACAGAUGUGAGGAAUUUGUGAAUUUAGGUCUGAAUAUCGCGCGUAGCAAAGUAUUGUGCUUUCAACGAGACUAGCGUCUUUGUUUGUUACCUGUCAAAGGAAAGGAAAGCCGCAUAGCGUAGUAGUCAUCUCUGAAGCGCAGAGACGAGGCUCGCGCGCUGCGUUGGGACAACUGGAAAGGGUCGUGAAAGAUGACGACGCCUUCUUAUGACGCUGCUGACGCGAACGAUGCAGCAAAACCUAAAGAAAGUAGGAAGAGUGCGCUCGAUUCCGGAGACAGAGGAGGGGAGAGAGAGAAAAGGAAUGUCGAGAAGAAUGCUGGAGGAGGUAGAAGCGAUGAUGAGGGCAAAAGCAGAGACAGGCGAAAGGAGGAAAGGAGCAGCGAUGAAAGAAGGCCCAAAAGAGAGCGGGAAGAGAGCCCUGCGAAGAAAGAGAGGCACCGGGAAAGGAGGUUUCGAGAGGUGAAAGAGAGGGAGAGUCCAAGGGAACGAGAUUCGCCUAGAGAAAGGAACUGGAGACCCCCGUCUGAGCGCCCUCGCUGGAGUGCCGAGGAGAGAUCGAAGUUCUACAAGGACCAGGAUCUAGACAAGGGAACUACCAGAGGAGGAUACCGAGGAGGUCGCCGCUCAUUUUCUGGAGGAAGCAGACAAAGUGGAAGCUUUGCGGGUAAUCAAGGGAGAUAUAACGCCGGAGGAGAAAGAGAUUCACGGCAAGGGAACUGGGGAGGAGAUAGGCAUAACGGAGGGGACAGAGAUUCUUCAUAUCGGAGGCAACCUUUGUCUUACCAAUCCAAAGGCGAUAGAUGGCAGCACGAUUUGUUCAAAACGGUUGUCAAUGUUGGAAACAGUGAAGAACUUGAAGAAGACCCUGUGGCAAAGAUUGAAGCCCUUCUUGCAUCAUAAUUUUCGACUCGUCCUUCUUCAAAGUUUUCUCCUCUGUAAUUUACAUCUUUUGUCUACCGAGAGAGCCCUCUUUGCUGUACAAAGGUUCCAGUCUGAGUAAGGCAAUUCGACACCAGUAAAGGCGACAAACCCUCUGACUGUUUAGGCUAGGCCCUGUGAACUCCGCGUGUGUAUCGUUGUAUUCUGCCAGGGAAUCGUUGAGAGCAGGCGCUUCGGCUCACUUGAAAGGAACGAUAUCAGAUCGUGUUGAUGUCGAAAAUCUUUGAGUUCACUUGUGUGCAAACGUGACUGCUGUCAGCUGAAAAGCUAUAUUUUGGACUUUUAUGACGGGAUACAUUGUGAAGAUGACCUUUCCAAUUUUUUACGUACCACGAAUGUUCCGCAAUCUCGAGGAAUGCACUAAAAGUAAAGAUCACUUUCAAAU